CCAAAGCACCAAAAUUUCCGACGUGUCGAAAGCGUAUUGGCUGGGACACUGAACCCUAAGACUCCUCUAUAGAAUGAAUGCGUACGUCAGUACCAAAUCAAUGAAUCUGAGAGACAGAAACACUGAGACGUUGAAGAACUGAAGAAGCAAGAGAUGGCUCGGACGACGUCGUUUUUGCUCUGCACCCUGGUCCUCUUCGGAACCCUAGCUCUCACCCAGGCAAAGAAGUCAAAGGAGGAUCUGAAGGAAGUGACCCACAAAGUUUUCUUUGAUGUUGAGAUUGCUGGCAAGCCUGCUGGUCGGGUUGUAAUUGGUCUCUUUGGGAAGACGGUUCCCAAGACUGCAGAAAAUUUUCGAGCUCUUUGCACAGGUAACCAGCCACUCAUCUUCAGAGGUGAUUUCACACUUGGUGAUGGAAGAGGUGGAGAAUCAAUUUACGGAGAGAAGUUUGCUGAUGAGAAUUUCAAGCUGAAGCAUACUGGCCCAGGGCUUUUGUCAAUGGCAAAUGCUGGUUCCGACACCAAUGGUUCACAGUUCUUCAUCACAACUGUGACAACUAACUGGUUGGAUGGCAGACAUGUUGUAUUUGGAAAGGUGCUGUCUGGAAUGGAUGUGGUUUACAAGAUUGAAGCCGAAGGAAAUCAGAAUGGCACACCCAAGAGCAAAGUCGUGAUCGCAGACAGUGGCGAACUGCCUCUCUAGAUGUUGCUAUCUUUCUCCAUAUACUGAGUGAUAGUAGUUGUAACUGUUCUACUUAUCCUUAAUUUUCCAUGUUUGAGAUCGCUGAAGAUGUUAUAACUCAUGUACCAAUAGAUUUCUUAAUUUGAAAUGGAUAUUUCAAGCUCUUCUUU